UCAGGAAAGUAAAAUGAGAUAGCAAACUUACUUUUUGUUUCUGAAAUUUGAAGGGCAUAUAUAUGGGAAUUUUGUUAGAAUAAGAUUCUGAAAUUUGAAGAGCAUAUAUAUAUGGGAAUUUUGUUAGAAUAAGAUUCUGAAAUUUGAAGGGCAUAUAUAUAUGGGAAUUUUGUUAGAAUAAGAUUCUGAAAUUUGAAGGGCAUAUAUAUGGGAAUUUUGUUAGAAUAAGAUUCUGAAAUUUGAAGGGCAUAUAUAUGGGAAUUUUGUUAGAAUAAGAUUCUGAAAUUUGAAGGGCAUAUGGGAAUUACAAAGAUGACAGCUUUUCGAGUUUGAAGGUCUACUGCUCCUAUUUUCUCUUGUGCAAUUCUUGAUUUUGAAGGUCUACUUAUUUAUUUGGUUAAGUGAAUCCUUAUGUUUGAAUAUCUUCAAUCUAAGUUAUUUAUAGUGAUAAACUUUAGGAAUUCUGUCAAUUUUACAACUUAUAUAUGUCAAUGUCAGAGACUUGUGUUUAAGCAAAAACCUACUUGCCAUAAAUUUUGGCUGCUGAAUAAUUCAUGUUAGGAAACAAAUAAAUAGCUUUCUAAACUGAUAUAAACUACCAUAAAAGACAGAUUUACAAUAGAUAGAAUUAUGUUAUGUGCUGAUUAGAGUUUGAGGAUGUUUGUAGUAUACCAUAAAACACUAAUGUUGGUUUUAGUGUCAUAUUUGUAGUAUACUUACUUAGUUUACGGUUUCCUAUAUAAAUUCAUGAGCUAACCAAGUUAUGUAUGGUACUAUUGUUUAACAUACUCAGUGGUUUUUUCCAGGUUUAGAAUGCUAUACAUGUGUAUGUAAUAUUAUUAAUGAUGACGAAGUCAUGGCCUGCUCUACAAUCUUGCGAUAACAAGGUUAAGCGGAAAGAAGGAGUGACUAGUGGGUUGUGUGCGUUGCCAGAUGAAAUUCUGUUUUCAAUCCUGUCCUCCUUCACCAUGAAGGAAGUUGCAAGGCUUAGUGUUGUUUCUCACCGAUGGAAAUACAUAUGGGAAAAUUUUCCGCGCUUGCACUUUGAAGAUUCGAGGGCAAUGGAAAGGAUAUUGGAAAGUCCCAAAGUAAUUUCUGAUGAAAGAUCCAACUUUGUGACAUGGGUUAGUCGUGUUGUCGACCAGCAUUUUGGUGUAGCAGCUAUAGAUGAACUUAGAAUCAAGUUUUGUCUCACCAGAACUUAUCAAUCUCAUGUAGAUAAGUGGGCGGUUUUUGCAUCAGAAAAACAAGUCAAAACACUUGACCUCAACUUUACUUCAAAAUUUAAUCUCGUAAAUAUGGAGAGUGCACACUGUACUUUUCCUCUUAAAGUGGCUAGCAUCAAGUCUUCCUUAAUAUCUUUGUGUCUUAGAUCCGUCGAUGUCACUGAUGAAUUCAUUGGUUGCCUUGUUUGUUCCUGCAUAUUCCUUGAGAAGCUGUGCGUAGGAAAUUCAAAGUAUCUUACCAACCUAAGAGUCUCUAGUUCAUUACAACGGCUGAAACAUUUGGAGGUAACUCAUUGCUCACACUUGAAAAUUAUUGAUAUUUCUACCCCGAAUCUUGUAUCUUUUACAUAUUAUGGCCGAGCUAUAGAGCUACAUAUCAGGCAUGCCUCUUGGCUUUCUAAGGUCGCUAUUGGUUCGCGAGAGUACAAUGCCUCCAUAUCCUAUGCGUUUGACUCACUUUUACAAUAUUCUUCGCAAUUGGAGUAUCUAAGUUUGAUGAUCAACUGAAAAUGUGAGUCGAAUAUCCAAAUCAUUAAUCCUCCUGCUUUGACAAAUCUUAAGCAUAUAGAGCUGUAUUUUAUUGCAUGUUGCAAUAAAUCACUCCUUGGAUGGACGUCCUUGAUUGUGGCAGCGCCAGUUAUGCAGAAGCUGACAUUGAAGUUAUACGGGUUUGACAUCAAACAUGCAAGGCCCAUUGCCAAACACAAUGCGUGCCGGUGCCCUCUCAAAUGCCUGAAGACGCUAGAGAUUGUUGGCUUUAUGGGACGGCCGAUUGACCUUGAGUUUGCAGCUUUUGUGCUUGAGAAUGCUAUUGCUCUUGAAGAGGUGAUUGUUGAUUUCCCGCCAAUGUUCCGCCCAAAACCAUAUCACAAAGGUGCGCGAGAAUGUCUUGUGGAGCUAAAAACGAAGCUACCUCCAGGUGUAAAGUUAAUUGUCAAGUAAAUUUACUAGAAUAUCCAACUUUGUUGCUAAUAUAGAUUUUCUAUUUAUAAUAAUGCAAUACCUAUCCGGACAAUAAGUUAUGUAUCUUGUCUUUAGAUUUUCUCCUAUAUAUGACAACUACAAUAGCUACAUGAUUUCCUUCCUAUAAGAAAUUUUGAUUGGUUUUGCAA